CACCGGGAGGGAGGGGAUCGAGCAGCUGGGCACAUCACCGCAACCAGUACAGAGAAUUAAAACAAAAAGCACAAUAACAGCGGGAGGUUCGCUCUCUUACAGAUUUACCUGCUCCAGGGAGCUGUUCUUAUUUUACAUUAACCGGUUUUCUUGAAUCGUCGAGGCGGCCCCUCAGCAUGUUCAGCUGGUUAGGGAGGGAUGACCGGAGGAGGAAGGACCCCGAGGUCUUCCAGACGGUGACCGACGGCCUGAAGAAGCUCUACAAAACCAAGCUGCUCCCGCUCGAGGAAUGUUACCGCUUCCACGAGUUCCACUCGCCCUCCCUGGAGGAGGCGGAUUUCGACAACAAGCCCAUGCUGCUGCUGGUCGGCCAGUACUCCACCGGCAAGACCACCUUCAUCAGGUACCUUUUGGAACAAGAUUUUCCAGGAAUGAGGAUUGGACCUGAGCCAACUACUGACUGCUUCAUUGCUGUAAUGAAUGGGGAUGUGGAGGGUAUGAUUCCAGGAAAUGCUCUGGUGGUGGAUCCAAAAAGGCCAUUCAGGAAACUUAAUGCAUUUGGCAAUGCAUUUUUGAACAGAUUUAUGUGUGCCCAGUUGCCGAACCCUGUGCUGGAAAGCAUUAGCAUCAUUGACACUCCUGGCAUCCUAUCUGGAGAGAAGCAGCGCAUCAGCCGAGGUUAUGACUUUGCUGCAGUAUUGGAAUGGUUCGCAGAGCGUGUUGAUCGUAUCGUCCUCCUGUUUGACGCUCACAAGCUGGACAUUUCUGAUGAGUUUUCUGAAGUUAUCAAAGCACUGAAGAAUCAUGAGGACAAGAUUCGUGUGGUGUUGAACAAGGCAGACCAGAUUGAGACCCAACAGCUGAUGCGUGUUUAUGGUGCGCUCAUGUGGUCUCUGGGGAAAAUUGUCAAUACUCCCGAAGUGAUUCGGGUGUACAUUGGCUCGUUCUGGUCUCAUCCUCUGCUGAUUCCAGACAAUCGCAAGCUUUUCGAGGCUGAAGAACAAGAUUUGUUUAAAGAUAUCCAGAGCCUUCCUCGAAAUGCUGCUUUACGAAAACUCAAUGACCUGAUCAAGAGGGCACGUCUUGCAAAGGUUCAUGCCUACAUCAUCAGUUCCUUACGGAAAGAGAUGCCAGCUGUGUUUGGUAAGGACAGCAAGAAGAAAGAACUGAUCAACAGCCUCGGAGAGAUAUAUGCCAGGAUUGAACGAGAACAUCAAAUCUCCCCUGGGGAUUUUCCUAACCUUAAGAAAAUGCAGGAUUUGCUGCAGUCGCAGGAUUUUGCCAAGUUUCAGCCUCUAAAGCUUAAACUUUUAGAGACAGUAGACGACAUGUUGGGAAAUGACAUCGCUCAGCUUAUGACCCUGGUACGCCAGGAAGAAACCCAGAGGCCUGUCCAAAUUGUGAAAGGUGGGGCCUUUGAAGGCACGAUAAAUGGCCCAUUUGGACAUGGAUACGGAGAAGGAGCCGGUGAGGGCAUUGAUGACCUAGAGUGGGUUGUGGUCAGAGAUAAGCCGAGCUACGAUGAGAUUUUCUACACCCUUUCACCUGUCAAUGGGAAAGUCACAGGUGCAAAUGCAAAGAAGGAGAUGGUGAAGUCCAAGCUUCCAAACACUGUACUGGGGAAGAUUUGGAAGCUGGCAGACAUCGACAAGGACGGCAUGUUGGAUGAUGAGGAGUUUGCAUUGGCUAAUCAUUUAAUUAAGGUCAAGCUGGAAGGUCAUGAACUACCCAGUGAAAUUCCACUGCACCUAAUUCCACCAUCAAAGAGAAAGCUGGCUGAGUGAUACUGAGUGGCGAUUACCCUUUCCUCAAACUGAAAAAUACACUGCAAUAUCAAUUUGAGGAUGAAAAAGACUUUGGGAAACUAGACAAAGUCUUCAAACUAAGUGAGGCAGAUGGAACCAUGUAACUAACAGCUUUUACAAUAGUAAAGUACUUCUGUUUCCUCCUAUAUAGAAGGGAAAAUGCAAAUUUUACAUAAUUAUGAGGCAUGUAUUCUGUAUAUGAUCACUGAAACGUUAUGACCCGCGAAGGAGAACAUUUUCUCUGGUUCAAAGAGCAGGGUGUUGUAGGCUAAAGUUAUUGUACACUAAGUAUUGCAUUGAAAGCAUAGGCAUCUUUUUACCACCGUGUUUGUUUCCAAGGCAGCAAAUUCAGGGUUCCAAAGUAGAUCAGGCAAUAUCUUAUCACAGUUGUGUUGGGGAUCCUUUGAUUUGUUACUCUUCUAUACUUUCCUCCCUUGUUUUGAAAUGCUUUGAGGCAUUAUCUUGUACGCAAGGAGUACUGCGCAGCUCGAGUUAUCAACUUAUAUCAGGACAGUGGAAUUCCUUUAUCCGUUUUUAGCCCUGUGGCUCAUAACCGUCAGGGUGGAUCCCUUUACCCAGAAUAGUUUGUAUUCCACUUAAGAAUGGGUGUUUGUGUAUGUAAUUUUAGUUUUUUUUGCCUUCUGUUUUGCAGCUCCUGAACCAUAGUUGAGUGUUCACCCAUUUGGGUGAUCUCUGGGUAAAACCACGCUAGUGUAGGGACAAGUGUUGGUUUUUAUGAAAGCACUAACAGGACUUUCUAUGUAUUGAAAGUUUCAUGAAGAGGUGCUCCUGUUUUGCAAAAUCAUUCCAUUCAUGCCUUUGCUGUGACUUGUAAUCUGUAACAAUAGAUUAUAAUUUUACUCAGCUUGUGUGGUAACUGUAUGAAGUAAGCUAGGUGAUGACAUUGGCAAAAAAAAAGCUGAACCAAACUCCAUUGUAUGGAGAACUGUGAAUUGUAUAGCAGUAUAUUGACUGUGUACUUAUUUGUCAGGUUUACCAUGCAUAACUAUAUAUUGGAGAAAAACAUGCAAAAUAACUAUGCAUUGAACAGUUAAGAUACAUUCAUGCAAAUCCUCUGACUUGGUACACUGGCCUUUUUGCCUUUAAAUGUGUAUAUGUAGUAGUUUCCACAUGUUGCUUGUCCUUUUCUGUUUUGUGCAUGUUUUUUUUUAAACUGGGCCUCGGUGAUUAUAAGUUACUAUGUAUGACCUUAUCAAUCGCUCAGUACAAUGUCUUUCAUUGUGGUUGUAUUGAAGACUACUGCACUGUUUCUAAGUAUUGCUUGUGUGGUGUAGAUGAGUUCUUUGUAAUGUAAAUGUCUUAGUUUUUCCUGUCAUGUUCAAAACUGCACUAUUGAAAACUGCCCUACUGAAUCAAUCCUAAGAGAUAUUGAAAGUAUGUACAGGUGCAAUAUAUUUGUGGGAGGUUUGCUGAGUGGGUAAUAAGCUUUCUCAGAUCUUCCAUUGUUAGAACAUCGAGAUAGUAAGAUUGUCAACUGUUAGAUGUAAUUUCUCUACAGUUAACAUUGCAGUAUGUUUACUGAAUAUUGAGCUAGUCUAGAACCUGUAAGAAUACAGUAUAUAUUGACAAAAUAAUUGAGAAUUUUAAAUGCUACUUAAAAAGAGAAUUUCACAAAUGUACACUGAAAAUUGAACCAAAAUUUAUCCUCUC